UGAGGAAUGAGAAAGCGGUGGUGGAAAUAACCCCAGUUCUAGUUGCGCGGCCGUCCGCCGGCUUUACGCUGACAAACCUCCGCGGCAUCCGUUCUCUCCAUCCCAUCAUCCAACAUGUCCUUGAACAACCCCCUCAACCUGCUCCUCAUCCCCCCUAUCCUGUACCUUGCCUACCGUGUCUUUGUCCCCGCCGACCUGGCCGAAGAAGAGCCCGUCACAGAGUACACCCCAGACCAAUACAACUGGCUGCCUGCGAAACACCCCGAUGUCUUAUGCCACAAAAAGUACACCCCCCAGGAGCUCUCAAAGUAUGACGGAGUGAAGACCCAGCGCAUCCUGCUGGCCAUCAUGCGAGUCGGGGAUGACGGAAAGCUGAACCCCAACGGUGAAAGAACAGUGUUUGAUGUCACCGCGGGCAAGACGUUCUAUGGUCCAGAUGGAGUGUAUGGCAAUUUCGCUGGCCGCGAUGCUUCUCGGGGUAUGGCCAAGCAGUCGUACGAACUGGACAUGCUUGUGCCCUUGGAAGGGCCCCUCGACAUGCUGGCAGAUCUGACCCCUGCCGAAGUUGAGAACAUGCGCGGGUGGCACCAACACUUUGAGGGCAAGUACAUAGUAUGCGGCGAGCUGGUGGAUGCAUUGUAGGGUGACUUCGACACCUAGAUGGCUGUAUAUACGAUGUUCUAGCAUGCAUAGGGAG